GUUCGGGCGGUCAUGCAUGUGCAGAGCCGGCGCCGGCCCGCGCCGCGGUGGCGGUCCUGGACGCGGCCGGCCUACAGAUCGUCGCGUACAUGUGCGUGGCGGACGCGUGGCGCGCGCGGGCUGUGAGCAGGUGCUUCGUCCGCUUCUGCCAGGAGUGGCUCGCUGCGGCACGGCGCCACGGCGAGGCCCGCGCGGGCGCGGCCAGCGCCAUCGUGGUCAGGAGGGACACGUGCCACACGGCGCAGGCCGCCUCGCGGGCCUUCGCCGCCGCGCUGCUCGACGGGCGGGUCCUCGAGGCGCGC